AAGUCAUUAGGUAAUUAAAUUGAAUCUCGUUACGUCUUUCGUAGUCAAUAUUUCUUCCCAUGAAUUAACUGCUUACGGGCAAAUUAUGAUUUUAUUUACAUCAGGCUUUCCAGUCCAUUUGUUGUAGAUCGAACGGUUCUCUAGCAAUCAAGUAAAAUUAUAAUCCUUCGGGUUUUUAUAAAGUCUUGUUUGAGGCUCGUCACUGGAAUACAUUUAACCAUAAAAUAUCUUGCUAACACCGAAGAAGGUUCAAAAUUGAUCGCAAUAACAAAGUUUUCAUCCAACAACAUCCAUCAGACCUGUGAAUAUCUGAGCCAAUAUAUGUUUAAUUAACAACGCAAUUCGAGCAUAACAGUGCCUGUAGUUAAUUUACCAAGUGAUUUGUUUUUGUAAAUUCAACCCAUCCAUCAAGUGACUAAGGGAUCUUAUUCGUAUCACCAAAAAUUGAAACAACAAUUGCUGCAUAAUGUUUGCAAAGAAUGGAAAGAGAUGAAAUGUUGAUGAUUACGACGAUUCUUAUCUGAGUCCAGUCCAGAUUACGCCUUGAGAUAAAUUUAAACGAAACACAAAUAAACAAGUAUUAAUUAGAUUAUACAUCUUAAACGUCUUUACUGCUUACAUUCACAUCACAAACAUCUUGGCAUCUCGCAUAUCCCAUGGAUUUGUCCACACAGCGUGUUGUCGAUUGUUUUCCUAUUCCAUAUAGUUUAGCUUCACCUUAUUCCAGUUUGGCUUUUGAUCAGGAAAUACGUGAUUAUUGUGAUCAAAAUGUUAAUCUUUCACUAAGUGAUCCAUUUUCAAAAUGCGCCAAAGUAAUUCUAGUUGGUGACAUGGCCGUGGGGAAAACAUGUCUACUUAAUCGUUUUACCUACGAUACGUUUGGACUUGACCAUAAAGCAACCAUUGGAGUUGAUUUUGCCAUAAUCAGAUUUAACAUACUUCAAGUCCCUUUUCAGCUUCAGGUUUGGGACACUGCUGGUCAAGAAAGAUUUCAAUCCAUUGCUGAAAAUUAUUAUCGAAAUGCCCAUGCAGCCAUCAUUUGUUUCGAUCUUUCAAACAUAUCAACCCUCAAAUCAGUUAAUGAUUGGGUAUCAAGAAUUAUUAGCGGAAACAAGGGAAACAAAGUUCCAUUGAUGUUUCUGGUUGGAACCAAAAUGGACUGCAUAGCUGAUUCAGUUGUAGAGUUUGUGGAAACGGAAGCUUUAAAGGUGGCUGAAUCACUUUCAGCUGAAUAUUGGAGUGUUUCAAGUCGAACUGGUUACAAUGUUGAAAAUUUUUUUAAACGAGUCGCUGCCCUGUCAUUUAGUGAAAUCAUCCUCACAUCCAUUGACAGGAUGAAAGAGGAUAAAGAAUCUCAAGCCGUUCAGUAUUCAGCUAAAUUUGUCAAUCUGAACAAGAAGAAAAAAUUUGCUCUUAUCAAAGCUUGUAUGGUUAAUAAAUGUGUAUAUAAAAAGUAAUUUAAAUGUGUUAAA